UUCUAGCGCGUAGGCGCUUCUCAAUUAUAACGAGCUACUGCAAGUCGUGUAGUCAUUCACCGAGUUUGGGAGCGUGGAGUGUACUGUGCAGCUUUCUCAACUCGCGUAAGCCGCAGCGAUGUCAGGUCGAGGUAAGGGAGGCAAGGGUCUGGGUAAAGGAGGCGCUAAGCGUCAUCGCAAGGUACUCCGCGAUAACAUCCAAGGCAUCACGAAGCCUGCCAUCCGCCGUCUUGCUCGCCGAGGUGGUGUGAAGCGUAUCUCUGGCCUCAUCUAUGAAGAAACUCGUGGUGUGUUAAAGGUGUUUCUUGAGAACGUGAUCCGUGAUGCCGUCACCUACACCGAGCACGCCAAGAGGAAGACCGUCACCGCUAUGGACGUUGUCUACGCUCUCAAACGUCAGGGACGUACACUGUACGGCUUUGGUGGUUAAACGGCGAAACCGAGUGCGUUCGUCAGUGACCUGCUUUUACUGGUACACCGGUCGGUUUAAUCUCGUGCGUCCCUGACUACAUCUCGCGUUUAAAUUGUAUGCAGAUUGCUACUGUGGUGUAACAAAUAUGGUUUUACUGGUACGGACAUUACGAAAUUAACAUCUACAUUAGCAUUUUGCAGUAUGAAUUAAGCGCGCGUUUUUUAUUUUUUUAAAUUUCAUGUCAUUGUGAUUUCGUGUGACAUAUAUGUUCUCUUGUAUGUUUUCUGGCAUGUCUCUCAACACGAUGCCCUGUGGUUUCACUGGUACGGUACGGAUAUUUUUAAAGCAUUUGGGGUUUCGUGUCGGUAGAUGUCCCGCCGUUGUUAUUGUUGUUUCGAUUGUCAUGUAUAAUGAACCUUUUACGAAACAUGAACAAAAUUAAAUCAUGUGUUCCUGACGCACCAUGUAUAUAGGCAAAUAAUUUUACACUUGUACAGCUCGCGUUUAAAUAGUAUGCAGUUUGCUGCUGUAGUGUACCAAAUAUGGUUUUACUGAUACGGACAUAUGCAAGAUAUUGGUUUAAUGUGUCAAUGUAUUCGUCUCCUGUCUGUAUUGUGUUUUGGCAUGUCUCUCAACACGGUACCCUGGUGGUUUCACUGGUACGGUACGGAUAUUUUAGCAUUUGGGGUUUCGUGUCGGUAGAUGUCCCGCUGUUAUUUGUGCUGUUAUUGUUGUGGUUUCGAUUGUCAUGUAUAAUAAACCUCUUACGAAACUUA